AUGCUGCAGCUGCUCCGGCUCUCGGUCCAGCAGAAGCUUCUGGUCCUCCUGGAGGACCUCCUUCAGCUGCUGGAGGAACACACGGAUCCUCCGGAGCUGAGAGCGAUGCUCAGCGAGCGGCUGGCGGUGGCAGAGCAGCAGAUAUUCGGGGAGUUUGAGGAGAGCGUGAAGGGGUUCGAGGAGCGAGAGGAGCGCAGAGAGAGAGACAUCCAGAGGCCGGAGGCCGUGCUGAGGGAGCCCAGAGUGCGCCUGCGCAGAGCAGACGGGCAGCUGGCUGACGGAGGUGGUCCCCAGCAGGAGGAGCCCCACCCCCACAUCAAAGAGGAAGAGGAGGAGGAGGAGCUAAAGCCCACCUUCACUCCUGUCCCUGUGAAGAGUGAAGAUGAUGAAGAGGAGCCUCAGUCCUGUCAUCUUCAUCAAAGAGACACUGUGGAACCAGAUGGAGAGGACUGUGGAGGACCAGGACCAGCCAGGAACCAGGAUCCAGAUCCAGGGUUAGAACCCAUCAGUGAGGAGAACUCUCUGGACUCCUCUGAGACUGACGACAGUGACUGGUCUCUCCCAGACGAGGCUCAGUCGGGGGUCGGGGCCCCAAACAGGGACGGUCCGGAGAGCGAUGUGGGGUCGUCUCACAAAGAGAGGCCGUUCCCCUGCUCCUUCUGCGGGAAGAGGUUCAGCCUGAAGGGGAACCUGAACCGGCACGUCAGAGACCACACGGGCGAGAGACCCUUCCCCUGCACCGGCUGCAACAAGACCUUCAAAGACAGCGGCUCUCUGACGGCCCACAGGAGGAUCCACACCGGAGAACAGCCCUACAGCUGCCUGUUCUGCGGGAAGAGCUUCAGCGGCCGGGGGAACAUGACCCGGCACAUGAGGAUCCACACCGGAGAGAAACCCUUCGAAUGCUCCGUCUGCAGCAAGAGCUUCCACGUCAAGGAACACCUGAACCGACACAUGAAGUUCCACACGGGGGAGAAACCCUUCAGCUGCUCCGUCUGCGGGAAGGGCUGCGCGCAGAAGACAGACCUGAAGAAACACAUGAGGGUCCACACCGGAGAGAAACCCUACAGCUGCCCCUUCUGCGGGAAGUGCUGCGCUGAGAAGGGGGACCUGACCAAACACAUGAGGGUCCACACGGGGGAGAAACCCUUCAGCUGCACCGUCUGCGGGAAGAGCUGCGCCCAGAAGGGCAGCCUGAAGAUCCACAUGAGGGUCCACACCGGAGAGAAACCCUUCAGCUGCUCAGUCUGUGGGAAGAGCUUCACCGUCACCGGACACCUGAAGAGGCACCUGAGGCUGCAUGAGGCUGGAGGGCAACAGGAAGUAGUAGGGGGUGAUUCACACUCAGCUGAAGACCAACAGGAAGUAGAACCUCUCUGUGGUUCUGGAGGCAGCGGUGCCCCCCCCCCCCCCCCCCCCCCUCGGCUGUCGGAAAUCAAAGGACAGAAAGAGACGAUAAAUGAACCAGGGCACUCCAACCUUACACAAAAGUGUAAGGUUGGAGAAGUAGUUAUUUAAAGGAAACCUAUCAUGCUAUAUUUAAAUGAUAUAUUGU